AUGGUUUCCAGCGUAUCUAUUGCCGUUCUUUUGUUAUCCUCGGCCCUUCUGAACAAUUCUCUCGUUGACGCUGCUCAAAAAAGUGCAGCAAAACCCAAAGGAGCUGUUGCUACCAAAGCAGCCAAGGCCAAAGGUCCAGCUGCCAAAGCUGCUUCCGCCAAGAAGCCUGCAGCCACCAAGAAGCCUGCCGGCGAUAAGGCUGACCCACCUAAAAAACAAGGGACCCCAGCUUCUCCUGCCGCCUCUGCUUCCCAAGGCGGCAAAAAACCCAAAGCUGCUGCAAUCAUUACCGCAACUAAACCAAAUGAAUACGUAGAGGAAUGGAGAGUCAAACCACUCGAAUGGAAAUUGAAUGAAUUUUCCAAGUGGUUAAAGAAAGCCGAAGAAGACUGGAAAGAUUUCCACGUUGUCCUUGAAGAUGAAAGAACUAAAUGGGUUGAAAAUAUGGGAGAUAUAGAAAAAGGAUGGUUCGAAAACGCAGAAAAAAAAUGGAGCAACUAUAACCAACGUUUGGAUAUGGAAUACAAAAGCAAUAUAUUAAAAAAAGCAAAAGAAUGGAAAGAGGCUCAAUGGAAGGAAUGGAUUAAUAAAAGUUUAAAGAAAUACAUUACAAACGACUUUCAAAAAUGGAUGGAUGGCCACCAAAACAACUUAAAUGCAGCUGUUGGUUUAAAUUGGGAAACAUGGAAAAAACAAAAAAUGUUCGAAUGCAAUUCGAUAGGAUGGAGAUUAAAGGAAGAUAAGCACUGGAUCAGAUGGACCUUCUUCAGCCCAAACAUUGAUGAUAUUCCAGUGCCUAAAGAAUAUAAAGAACUUUAUGAAAACUGGAAAAUAAGAACAAAGGCAGAAAAAGAUCAAUGGAAAGAAUGGACCGAUAGAAUAGAAAGCAGAGUUAUCUUUAAAGACACCCCUGCAUGGACCAAAUGGAAAAAUGAGAAAACUGCCGCCUUCAACAAAUGGUUAGUUGCCUUCACUAACAAUUUAAUCGCUCAAAAGAAGUGGACCAAAUGGGUCUAA